UUGGGGGGUGGGGGUGGGAGCUCCCUAAUCCCAGGAGAAAAUCGGGGAGAGACUGGGGUGGCCAAGUCAGCCCAGUAACCAGGCUUGGAGGAAUAGGGCAAGAGUGGAAAGGGAUCGUUUUGCUAGAGAUCGCCAGGCUUCUCGGGAGGAGCCGGGGAGGCACUGGGGGAGGAGGCCGGAGCUGCAUGGAGUUUCUGGGGCGCGCAACUCCGGCGGGGCCUCGGCCACUGGGCUCCGGGGCGCAGCGAGGAGGCAGCCGCGCACAUGGGCUGAGCCCGCGCGGCCAGCGGGCGCGGGAGGGGUAGAGGCGAGCUCGGUGCAGGGGGUGCGGGGCGCACGUUUCCCUAGACGGGAGGCGAGGACAAGGACAGGGUCGGAAGGAGCAGCCUGGAUCACCGCGGGCUCUGCAAAAAUCAGCAGAGAGACUCAAGGGAAAGACUUGCACGGGGUUCCCGGGCGCCACUGGGUUGGGCAAAGCUGCCUCCCAACCGGAGUGGGGGACGCCGUGGGAGCCGGUGGCAGAGAGGAAGGAUGCCCGCGCGGGGACGCGUGUGAGCGCCAGGCUGAGCGCUCGGUUUUGCGUCGCCCCCUCCCUGCGGGCCUCGGAGGAGGUGCCUGGGCAGCCGGGCAGCGGAGCCCGGGCUCCAAGAGAGGGAGAAGAUGCCGUUCCACCAUGUGACCGCUGGCUUGUUGUACAAGGGGAAUUACCUCAACCGAUCUCUGUCGGCGGGCAGCGACAGCGAGCAGUUGGCGAAUAUCUCUGUGGAAGAACUGGAUGAAAUCCGAGAAGCCUUUCGUGUUCUGGACAGAGAUGGGAACGGCUUCAUUUCCAAGCAGGAGCUGGGUAUGGCCAUGCGCUCUUUGGGGUACAUGCCGAGUGAAGUGGAGCUGGCUAUCAUCAUGCAGCGUUUAGACAUGGACGGAGACGGGCAGGUGGAUUUUGAUGAAUUCAUGACAAUUCUUGGGCCCAAGCUGGUGUCAUCAGAAGGUCGUGAUGGUUUCCUUGGAAAUACGAUAGACAGCAUCUUCUGGCAGUUUGAUAUGCAAAGGGUCACCCUGGAGGAGCUGAAGCACAUCCUGUACCACGCCUUCCGGGACCACUUGACGAUGAAGGACAUCGAGAACAUCAUUAUCAACGAGGAGGAGAGUCUGAACGAGACCUCGGGGAAUUGCCAGACAGAGUUUGAAGGAGUUCAUUCACAGAAGCAGAACCGGCAGACCUGCGUCCGCAAGAGCCUCAUAUGCGCCUUCGCCAUGGCCUUCAUCAUAAGCGUCAUGCUGAUUGCAGCCAACCAGAUCCUGCGGAGCGGCAUGGAGUAGCAGCCUCCCACCAGCCACAACCGCGUUGCCAGCUCACUGCGCAUGUGCAUGCCCCGCGGGCAGACUCUGUUCCUCCACACCGGAGAUCUGGACCUAUGGAUGGAUGCAGUCGUUGGUACAGUUCAGUAAAGAACUCAAGUUUGCAGGAUAACCGGGAUCACGGAUCAACUCCAUCUCCUUGGCAGGGACACUAAAGGGCUGUGUCUUCAAUGCUUUCAUGGUUUUGUUUCCCAAUGCAAUAAAUACCCGGGAGUUCUCAAUUAUUGCUUCAACCGCCAGUAGCAACUCCGAAGGGGGGAAAAAUACUGCUUUCUUUUCGUCUUGGAAUUCCAGUAGCCAUCCAAGUAUCGCGGUGGCAUCACAGAGCGAGAAAGAAAAGACAAGUAUGAACAACACUCACCUCCAUCCAUGCCCCGAUUCUUUCAACCCAGGGACCCAAAGAAACUCCCUGCUGAGGUUGACUUCUGGGUUGCUACAGGAAAGGGGACUUUCCAUCUCACCCUGGCUUCCUUCCUCCACCCCGUGGAGACCCCUCCCCCCAAGGCAUGAGGGGGAAAGCCAUUAGGCAGGGCGCAAGUUCCUUGCAGCCACUGCUGGUCUUAUUGCCUUUUCUACAGGACUCCUGUCGGAAGAGCUGGGGCGCUCUCGGUUGGUUUCCUUGGCACUUGGCUUUCUGUUUCUGAAGUCCAUCCCGCACCAGCAUCUUGGAAUCUGCAGAGAGCCUGGCUCCCAGCUUUUCUUGCCUGUGCCACCAUUAGAGAAAAGAAAAAAAAAUUUACAACCCGGGUGUGUCUGUAACCCAGAAGCAUAGACAGACAAGCGACUUCUGCGUGUUUGAUGCUGUUCUUCCCUAACCGCUUACUUUGGACGGGAAUUUGUCCUCUAACUCACACCCAUCCCUGCUUCUUGGGAGCAAAGGGUGAAGCUACUGGGGGAGGGGAAGGAUUGAGCCUGGGGGCAAGGAGGCCCACAUCCCAGGCAUCCAAAGUAACAGAACCCCUCUGAUCGCCAUGCUAGUUAAGAUUGGUGUACACCUAAACCCUUCCCUCAUCUCGGACUUUCUUAGUGAGUCUUUCCCCAGCUAAAAAAAAGAGACCUAGAACCUGAAGCAGAAAAGCUGGAAGGAUCACAUGGCUGUAUGGGCUGGAUUUUGUUUAAUAUCUCAAGAUAUUCAGAUUGUGCCAGUGACUCGUUGAGAGAGAGAGAGAGAGAGAGAGAGAGAGAGAGAGAGAGAGAGCACACGCGGUGUUUAGUGGGCGUGGCUGAUGUGAAGGAGACUUGACUCCUGAUCACAGGACACUUCUGUUGGGGUCUGUUUUCAGCAGCAGCAGUCUGGGACUCAUUUCUUUCAGUUUUCCUAGAUUCACUAUGAAUUUAAGUGUGAGUGGUCAGAUUGCCUGUCAUCUAUAGAUGUGAUAGAUGUGCUAGUUUCCUUUGUGUUUUUCUGAGCCCAAGUCUUUAUCUCUGUAGUGAAAUCGUCCUGCCCCUGCUUCUUUGGAUCUCAGGCGGAAGCUUCCUGAUUCUCCUUCCUCCUUCCUUACCCUUUUCUCCAGCCACAUUGAGGCCGGCAGCCUCCCCCUCCCCCCCCCCUCCUGCAGCCGGGUAGGGUUUUUCUGGUGCGAUGCAUAUUCCUCUAGCCUAGCUUCCCUCCCUUCUCCCUCCUUACUGCCGCCUUAGACUUGGAUCAUGCAAGUUCUCCUUCUAGGGUCUUCCUCUAGCCGACCUCUACAAGCGCUCCACGCAGUAGUGUGGAGGGCGGCUGUCGAUAUUUUCCCACUGUAGGGUGUGAAUAUUCACUAAGAGCACAAGUCAAACUAGGUUUGAGCCAUAGCAUAGGCAAGAGAGAGCAAGUCAGAGGUCCCAAGAGCCCGAAGGGGCACAGAGUCACUUCAUAAAACUGCCUGGAGUCUGGUACAUCCAGGCAGCAGCCUGCCUGCCUUUCUCACGGUGCCCUCUGCAAACCUGCCCUUUCUGUUUCUUCCCUAGGCUGAGUCACCAUGGUCCCCAUAGGACCAGACUCCUGCACUAGAACAGGAAGAGACACAGAAUAUUAAUACACCGCACAACUUCCCACCCCCUAAGUUUCGUCCUGGAGCCAUCGCCUUCUUUCUGCCGGGUGUGAGCGAGAAGGCAAGCAUAGCGGGCAGCGGCACGCUUCCCUAUCUCUUGCUGAUGGUUGAAACUCCAAACUGCAUCCUCUCGGGAGCAUGCUGGAGAAACCAGGCGAAUGCAUCUGGAAGUACAGGAUUCUAAGGACCCGAAGGGGGCAGAAGCCAUGCUGCAGCUGAGAUUAGCUACUGAGGGGGACAUACAGAUGUCUUCAAAUGUUGCUUUCUGCAACAUCUGCCCCAUACUGGAGGAGGCUGAUCCCCAAAGAUGAAGAGUUUAGAUUCCUUCAGCAAUGAGUGGAGAUGUAAUAAUAAUAUGAAGGGCAUGAGCACCUAUUCCCUUAAAAAAAAAAAACCCUCCAGCAUCUUUCCCAAUUGCAUGGAAGAAAUGAUAGGAAAACAGCCAUCAGAUUCUCUCCGAUGGCCCAGAAGUUAGUCUCCCAGCAUCCUCCUCAUCUGCGGCACCCAGCGACUGAAUACAACAGGGCAAGAAACCAGGUCUAGUGGCAUUUUGUUGGCCUGCCUGCUAACUGCUUUGCUUGUAUUAUAUGUCUUUGACAUAUUUAGGGUGUUGGGAUUCUUUUCCAGGCAGCCCCACUCCCAGGUCUGUUCACACAAAUGCUACCCCGAGGUUCAUGACCCCCUCACAUUCUCAGGACAGUAACUGGGAAGGAGGAGCUGGUUGGCUGAUGGUUCCAGAAAGUUCUGUCUCCCAUACUCGCUAAGGCACCCUCUGUAGGAGAGGCAGGGGCCUCAGUCUUUGCUGCCUUAGGAAUGGGCGACAGAGGCUGCCCAGCCAUGAGGUGACUUGGUGACUGGCUCAUUCUUGCUACCAGCUCAGCUCCACACCCCCAGGACUCCAUGAAUGUCAGACAGUAGGACAGCAUUUGACCUGAGACAGAAAGACAGGCUGCCUCUGAACCCUGUCACCUUCAAACAAGCUAUCCCCUCACUGUCCCUGGAGGUAGAUCGAAUCCCCAGUCAGGACUCCACCCUGGAACUGUUAACGAUGGCUUCCAGAAAGGGUGCAAGUUCCACAUGACAACUAUAAAGAUUGCCAUGGAAACAUUGCAUCUUCCCUGAGUUUGCCAAGAUACAAACAUAGGGAACAUUUUCUUAAAAGACACUGUAUAUCCUACCUGCCUGCACCCUGACUCCCAGAAUCCAUCUCCUGCUGAGAUGGGGAAUUAACCUCCGAAGAAUAUGCAUGACUUCCCUACCUUUCCCUGUUGUAUUUGAAUGAGUCCUUGCCCCAACUCAGGAGAAAAGGAGUAAGCCCUGUAUGGGUAGCCUCCUCACCUCUACCCUUUAUCUCACCUCGAAGAACAAGACUGUCUCCAUAUGGGAGGGGUAAAACCACCUACAUCAUCUGGCGGGCCAAAACAUGUUUAGCUUAUAAUCUUUAAUAGCAUUUGCUUGCUUGUUGACACUCUCCCAUCCUGUAAGCUAGAAAUAAGAACUGAGGUGAACCGCGGUUCUCAGGAGUUCUUGGACGAGCUCAGCCAUUGCAAGACGUUCUGGAUGACCUAUAUGCAGGAACCAGGACAUCAACUAGGUGUCUGCCAUACCUGCUCCUGUCUCAAAGUUUACAUGACAGGUGAUCUAGUAUCUGAAAGGAUGGAAUCAGGAAGAAAGAAAGAAGAAAGAAAGAAAGGAAGGAAGGAAGGAAGGAAGGAAGGAAGGAAGGAAGGAAGGAAAAAAGAAAGAAAGAAAGAAAGAAAGAAAGAAAGAAAGAAAGAAAGAAAGGCAGAGUAUGUUGAGGAGAGCAUCUCUUCUAGCCCCAGCAGAUAGUCCCAGUCCCAGUCCCAGCCCUCAAAGGGAUUGGAAAAUCUAAGAGCCAGGAGAGAAACAAUUGGCUUUUACUGCAGUCUCCUGCUAUGGGCUCAAAUCCAGACUCAGGUCAUACAUCAAAGAGUAUUGUGUACAUUGUUUUUGAAUCUAAGAUAGUGUCCCUGGGACCCUACGAGGGCAGCAUGAGAAGAUGAACAAGGUGAUUGUUGGGUGUGCUUCCUGGGUUGGGUUGGCUUGGCUAUGUCUGGCUGCAUGUCAUAUGUGGACUGUUUCCUUGUGUGCCCUUGAUGACAGUGCCAAGUUUUGUACCUCAAACCAUAUUAGCUCCUGUCCCUACACUAUGUCACUAACGGUCCACAGCGACUCGAUCUACCCUGUUACCUAAGAUACAUAGAGAGUCUGGAACCUUCUCAUGAAAAGGGUCCUUAUUUUUAUAUAACGCUAUGAUAACGAUAACAGGUGAGCUCCGACGAAUCUUCUAGACUUUGGCACAUACUGUUUGUAAUGAUCUGGAAGACCACAGAACUCCAUUCCCUGGGAAGCUUCCGUCACAAACAACUUCAGAUCAGCAGUUUUCACUGGCCUCUUCCAGGAUGCCCUACAGGGCUGAGAGUCCAGAAUUCACAGCCAUUUUUCCUUCCUCCACGUUGAUUCCCCGGCUCCCCCUCCUCCACGAGGAGAAAAAUCCAUGUUCUGUAGACGAGCUAUGCAGCCAUUAGAGUGUUUCACUUGAAUUAUUUAUAGUCAGGACAGAAUAGAGGAGACUCUAGGCCACCCCAUCCUCACGAUCAUGUAAAUGUCACAAUUGCUUAGCUUCAUUCCAUCCGCGCUUUCACUAACACUCAGGGGACUGUUCUCAGCUAUGUGGCCUUUGCCACGCACAGUUGGUUUGGAGGAAGGGGACAGGUGGACCAGCUAACUGGGCCUUCUCCUUGGAUCCUAUACUUCCUGCAAAUGCAUUACCGUCAUGUUAAUGCCAAUGGUUUAUAUUUAUUAUUGGUUCUAUCUUAAAAUACUACAAAGAGUGGUGGAUUCAGCCAGACACAGGAGAACGUGCUUCCAGGGCCUAAAAGUUGACAAACUGAGGUGGGAGGAUUGAAGUUCAACAUUUGCCUGGAUUGUAGAGCAAGUUCAAGGCCAGUCUGAGCUAAAUAGUUAAGCUCUAGGCAAGCCUGGGCUACAUAGAGAGUUCUGGGCUAGCAUGAGCUACCACAAUAAGACUCCUUCCCACUCGAAGGGAAAAGAAAAAUCAGUUUCACAAAGCAGCCCCCUGUAUCUCAACAUUACUUAUCCAGUUCCUCUCUUGGGGAGUUUGUCAAGAGAAGACAUCCCACGUUCUGGAUAUAGGGUCAACCUUUUCUUCAGGUGGAUGUCUUGGCUUCCAAACCAGUCCUUCAUAUGUUUUCAGAAGUUAUCCAAGCAGGGCUAAUAGGGCAUGCCUAUAAUUCUAGCAGUUGGGAGGUGCAGGAACCCGGAGUAGGAGUUCAAGGACAUCCUCUCUACAGAACAAGUUGGACUGAGCUAUGCGUGCAAACACAGAGUGGGGGAGGGGCAGGGAGAGGGAGGGGAUGUCUAGAAAGUAGACAGGUACUAGAAUUUUCCAGAAAGUACGGGCUAAUUGGGAAAGAAUAUUUCAGAGAAUGCAGGUUUCACCCAGAUGUUUGCUCCAUCCUUGGACCUGACAGAGAAUGUUCUUUAAGGGCUGCUAGAUUCUAGGCCCUGUAUAUCUGGCCUACUUUGGGAAUGUCCAAGGGAUGCACCUCCCAUCAGCAUGUUCCCAAAUCACAAGCUCUAUGCCACCAAUAGGAGGGUAGUAACUCCUCUGGGUGGAUGCUGACUCCUGCCAGCCUCAGCAGGUCUUGCCCAAGGCUCUGAAACCUAUGAACAGAGGCCAGAAAACAGAAUAGAAAAACCAAAGGGAGGGUACCAGAAAUAGGAUCCUUGCUGCUAGAGGCCAGGAGAAAAUUCAUCUCCAGUAGAGAAGGUUGCGAAGUCCUGUGUGUUGCAUUGUUUGGGGUAGCUUGUUUGGUGGCAUGAGUCCCAAGGGCAGCUGUGUGUUCCUGUCGGUGUCUACUAUUUGUGAAGGAAACUGUGCCCUCUGUUUCCCAGCCAAUAUGUCGCAUGUCACACACAGGGGAGAUGCAUUUUUGUUUGUUGUCCAAAAGUUUGCUGAAUCAAGAUGAGCUUCUAGCCGGGCGGUGGUGGCGCACGCCUUUAAUCCCAGCACUCGGGAGGCAGAGGCAGGCAGAUCUCUGGGAGUUCGAGACCAGCCUGGUCUACAAGAGCUAGUUCCGGGACAGGCACCAAAGCUACAGAGAAACCCUGUCUCAAAAAACCAAAAAAAAAAAAAAAAAAAAAAAAGAUGAGCUUCUAUGUCUCCUUGUCUUCCAGCCUGACAAUGAAGGAGUUUGGUUCCCUGGAUAAAGGGUAUAUGGAAUCUGAAUUUAUGAGAUUAUAGGUUGAGAUAAAAUUCAGAUUCCAAAAAAACGAUGCUACCAAAAUCUCUCUGAGGAUGUCUAAUUGGAAACUCCCCCAAAUAGUGUGCACGCCCAUGCUGUCUCCCCACCGUUAAUACCCCCUUACUUUCCCCUGGCCACUGGAUUUGGAAGCAGUUCAGGUGGAUGUGGUCCUGCAGAGGACAGAAAGCUACCAUCUCUAAUGAGUAUCAGGAAGUAGAUGACGAGUCUGGGGUGCAGGACCAGCAAUCUGAAGCUGUUCUUUAGAUGGACAUAGAUGCCUGCCACAGCAAUGCUCCAACCGUAGCAAGAGACCUAGGCAGGAACUCAGCAGUUUGUAGGUACCCAAGUCUUUGUCCCUUCUUUUGCAUGCUACCUCCGAGCCUGUUUGAGCCAGGCACAGUGGCAUACACCUACAAUCCCAAAACAUGGGACACAGAGGCAGACUGUAACAAGUUCCAGAAUAGUCUAUGAGGUUCCAGGUCAGCCUGGGCUAAAGCAGGAGGCCUUGUCUCCUAAACAAAACCAUGGGAAUAAUAAACUCCUGGUUUGUGCUCUUGGUUCUUGAUCCCUGAAGCAGUCUGAGAUCUAGUCGAUGUUCACAGGCGACCCCAUUGCUCUUCCCUGAAAAGACCUGUUGAGAAAAGAUUCACUCAGCUUCUGGUACAAGUUCACAUAGAUGGAAAGUCUGGGACCAUUUGAGUGCUGUCCAGUGACUCCUCAGGCCGGGGGGUUAAUUUCUCUGACCCAAAUUCUGAAUUCAGAAAGAAGCUAAUUGCCCAAGGACUGAUCCAAGGUCAGAAAGAUGCUAAUUGCCCAAGGACUGAUCCAAGGUCAUGUUCGUGGAAGCUGUUCAGACUCUGAAGGGCUGGUCCUGCCAGGUGUGGGAGAGCUUAGUCCACAGGUGGGCACAGGUCAUCGACAUAGUUAAUUCUCAAAGCACAGAUGUAAAUGGCUGGGAUUUGGACCCCUACAUGCCGGGUGUCUCAGAAGCACAGGUAAAGACUGUUCUAAACAGGAGCUUCUUGCCUCUCCUUCCAGAAUGUUCCAGUCAGAUGUCAAUCAUGCAUCUCGAUUUCCCACCUUACCUCAUUUACAUUCUUUUGUUUCCUUCAUGUAGUGUGAGUUUGGUGAUUUUUCUGCUAUUAAGUGGUGAGACAGCAGGUUAGUGAAAUAAAAAAAAUUAUCUUUAUAUCAAAUGUAAAUAUUAAUAUAAAUGAACUCGGCAUGCAACAUAAGUGAUCCAAUGAAGCGAUAUUAUUCACAUGUUAUCUUACUGUAUAAAGGGAAAAUGACUGCCAUAUAUGUACCAGAUGUUUUCUGUAACUAAUCUUGUCUGUAAAUAUAUAAUCUUAUUAAAAAAGAGUCUAAUUUACCAUUAUUUAUGCAAUAGAAAAAAAUAAAAGUUCUUUUUUUUUCCUUU